GUAUAGGCCGUUUCGAAAACCACGAUUUUACGUCACAGUAAAAGCCUCUCGGAACAUCUCACGAAUUCGUGGAAAUGACGACAUAAAAGUUUCGGGGGGUUUUCCUGAAAUAUGAUUUACACUAUUAUAGUUCCAACUUGACUGAACGUUUCAAAAUCUAAAAUAUUCUGUAUUAGAAUAUAGACUGACGACAGCCCGCUUGAAGCGAAUUUAGUUUUGAGCUGUUGAAGUAUCGUAGUUUGAUACUCAAAAGAUAAAAAAAACCGGCUCAAACGUUUUUAUAACUGACAGCACAUGACAAAUCUUGUGGAGCAUUUCAUCUCAACGUAAACUAUUGCACAACAAUUACGCAUGCGUCAACAACACAGAUGGCAAAACGGGAAUGAAAUGAGUGUUCCACUUUAUUACUAGUGCUUAAUACCUGUAUGGCGAUGAACUUUACGUUGGGUUUAUUUUAAAUAUCCACGCUUUCUUGCUUUCUCAAAAAUGCAAUAGAAGGAUUAGACCAUUCGGGAUGUCCACACGUGUUGAAUAUAAUGCUAUGGCUGAAGCAUCGAAGAAGGAUUUUUUAUCGUAUUCAAGCAGUGAAGACAGCAUGUUUCAGGCUAACUUUGGCUAUCAUAGACAGUACCGACCUCGAUAUCAUUAUCAACACACACCACGAGAACAGUCCAGGACGAGGCCCAGAAUGAAUCAUUACAUUCAACCAAAUUUCCCACAUUCUCAGCAACGUGUUAGAUCAGAUAAUAAUAUGGGCUACUACAGACCCCCCGUAUAUCACUCUGGGCCUCGAUAUCCGAGAUAUCACGUACCUUGGGAUGGAUGUGUCAGAAACUCACAAUCAUAUCGAUACGGGGAUGCAAAGACUACAAAUUCUGCGAUUAUACAGUCUUCUAGUGUGACAUUGUCCUCAAUGCCACAAACAUCGGCGGCACAGUCUCGAAUGUUACAACCGUCAGUAGUAAAACCUGGUCAGUCACAAGCUUCAAUGGUGAAAUCUGGUCAGUCACAACCCCCAACGGUGGAGCCUUCUGUAGUAAAGCCUGCUAUAACACAAUCUCCAGUGACACAUUCCAAAAUUACACAGUCUUCAUUUACGUCAUUUCCACAUCCACGAGUUGAACAAAUCUCAGGCGCUCAUCUACAAGCUUCAGCAGAACAGCAAGGAUCGCAAAAACUUUCAAAGACUCAACCCAGACAACCACCAUGUCAACCACCAUGUUCGAUCGAACUGGGGCAAACCGCGGCGUUACUGCCUAACAGGACACAAAAUUCAACCGCCGACCCCAGUGUGGAGCAAAUGUCGACCGCACAACCAAGAAUGAUAAAAGCUAAGUUGACGCAAAUAUUAUCACCGCGGCAUGGAAUAAAACAGUCUGCCAUGGAACAAACUCUGCCACGUGUAUCCACGCCGUAUAGUUUAAUUAAUCAACCUAGCGUUCCUAAAAUAACAAAUACUACUCAUCUUAGCCAGCCACAAUCGCCACUAUCAAAACCUAUAUUUCAUCAAACUUCAACAGAGUAUAGGCGCAGUCCUCCAGAGAAAAGAAAUGAAAUAAGAGAAUUAGACAUAGUACAAACGUCAAUGGCACAUCCUAACAAUACCCGAUCCUUGCCGUCACAGGUAAAGCAGGAAACGGUUAACGUUGAACGUGUUUCAACGACACGACCACAAGUCUCAGUAUCGCAACAUGGAACUUCAAUGAUACAACCGUCAAUGGUUCAAAUGAAACAAACAUCUGGCGUGUCUUUGAGUUGUAAUACACAGCCAAAAAUAACAAAAACUGUAAUGACACAGCCUACUAGAGUACAAAACUCGAUGUUUAGUUCCAGCAUGACUAAAAUAUCAAUGACACAAUCUAGCAAAGUACAAACAUCAAUACCAAUGGUUUCAACUAGUCCAAGAAAGACCAAAACGUCGAUAGAAGAAGGGAAAAAAGAAAAAUCGAUGACGCAACAAAAUUCAGUGAAGCAACUUAGAGUUGAACUGACCUCCCAGGGGGGAACGGUCACAAAAGCUGAGUCAAUGGGUGGCAAACUUUGUUCAGGUUCUGAGAGUUUUCUAGUGCAGUAUCCGGCUAUAAACAGAUCCUAUGACCAUCGAUGGAAGUCGACAAUGGUCUCAAAUGGUGACAACAGAAUUACAAAUUUUUCCCAGCGUUACCAGGCGUAUUCCGAGGUCAAGAAUACUGUGGUAAAACGUCGAAAUGACGAUCAACGUAACACGAAUGGGGCAGAGGAAAAUGGGAGAUUUGAAAACCCAAAAAGGAACAGAUGGGAUUUGAAGGAGAAGGAUGUGGAAAAACCUUUGAAAUACGAAAGUACAAAGUACAAUAACAUCAGUAUAAAUGACUGCAAAGUGGAAGUCAAUGGUAAUAAAGAAGCGAGUCAGUCUGGUUAUAACCAUGCUGGGAGAUCUUGGUAUCUCCAGACUGGAACCAAAAUUAUGCCUAAGGUGGAAAAUAACAAUUAUUAUAAAUAUUCAAUUUCCCAACAAACGUUUGAGGAUAGUGAGUUCGAGGAGGUAGGUCAAUUUAAUGCCACACAUAAAGAUACUAAGAAAACUACGACGACUGGAAAAGUAAACAGCAACAGUUAUUUAUCCUCAAAUAACUUCGAAAAAAUGGAAGAGAGCGAAGAUUGUGACAGUGGUGAAGAGAAUUCUUCAUAUGAUGACGAUAGUCAAGAUAAUGUUGAAGAGAUAGACGAUGAAUUAGACAGGAAAGAUGCUGAUGAAUUACUAAUGAGUAUGAGUAACAGAAGUAUUAAGAUCAAUCGUUUGUUAGAAGAACAAAAACGAUUAAUGGCAAGUCUUCAUGUGUAUGGUAAAUUACCAUACUAACAGUCAGUGGGCUUGAAUAUAUGCAUCUCCCCACAUUAUUGAUGCUGCAUAUAUACCUACGCUCAAAAUCCUUUUACAGAUAUACGGUUUCGUAUGUUUUUACUGCAUAACCCUCAACAUCCAUAAUGUUCAAUCUUUAUUGUUGUCUGCGCAUAAACAAUUGGGAGAAGCCAGUUUAGAUAAUUAACGUGUUAUGUUCUCUAAGUUUGGAAUCUAUAGUGAAAGUAGAACACUGUGCUCUUUAGCAAACAUUAAGAGUUUUUUAAACUAAACGGGGUUUUGGUUAAAUGUGCAUAUCCUCGUGUAAAACUAAUAUCGUGGUUGCAUUUAUAAUUUACAUUUGUUUAAGGUUCACAUUUGCGAAAAUGGAUAGUUCAACGAGUUCUCGGUGUUAAGCUUUUUUAGAAGAUAACUGUAAUAGCAAAACGUAAAUCGUUGUAGAGC